CUAUAAUUCAAUAGUUGCAGGUAUAUCCGCUUUAGCUCCUAUUCCGAUAUGCUAGCCUGCCUGCCUGACGAUCCGUAAUUUAUCCGGGAAGAUAGUGAUUCAGUUAUAGAAAAGAGUGUACUCCCGUCUUAAAUACCGGCAACGCUCUUACACACUAGUGUUGUGGGUGUCCAUGAGCGGCGUUAAUCGCUUACCAACAGGUGAUCCGUCUGCUCGUUUGCUUCUAUAUCAUAAAAAAAAUAUCCGCCUUACGCUAGCCUGCCUGCCUGACUAUCCGUAAUUUAUCCGGAAGAUAGUGAAGAUCCAUAAAUAAUGUGAAAACAGGAAAUAACCCAACAAACGCCACAAUUUUCUGUGGCAGUAGAGAAUUUGGGAACAGUGAUAAUACAGUAGUAAAAAGAAUAGGUAUUCAUAUCACUGGAGCCACGGGUACCUAAAAUUUGCAAAUACUUCCGUUUGGCUAAGAUUGGAAAUGUUUUUAUAGAAUAUAGAGUACCUACACCCUGUAGAACGCAAGGACCUAAUAAUUACUUAAUGGAUGUCUAAUUCUCAACACACUUGCUGAAACCGCGUUUUUAUUCCACCGAUUUUUGGCUUAUAAUCCUAGAUAUUAAACACGCGUGCUUUUUCAUUAUAUUAUCCGACUGAGUUAAGAAGGUAACUGAUUGCUAAUAAUAUGUAUGGAAGCGGAGCCUUCUUAAAUUGGUCGAGUAGAUUUUACAACGUGGACUGACGGGAGCCGGGGCCGGCCGCCGGCGGCGGGGCGAGGGGCGACAGGCAGUAUGACAGAUGCACGACUUUUACUGAUUUAACAAUUAAAAAAACCGGCCAAGAGCAUGUCGGGCCACGCUCAGUGUAGGGUUCCGUAGUUACUCUUCCGUCACAUUAAGCUAAACUGGAGCUUAAAGUAUAGUAAAUUGUUAACCAAGGGAUGAAACGGUACCUUUCACCCGAGUUAAACAAAUAGGCAAAUUUGCAUAAUCAGUACCUAAUUAAAGUCUUUUUACUAUGAAGGGAAAACUUUUUGCGAUAACUCAAAAACAGCUAAACUGAUCAUGUCCGCUAUAGUUUUCAUUUAAUGUCUUUCUUAAGCUCUACUUCCACGAUUUUUUUCAUAUUUUUUGGACCUAUGGUUCAAAAGUUAGAGGGGGGACACACAUUUUUUUUUCUUUCGGAGCGAUUAUCUCCGAAUAUAUUCACUUUAUCAAGAAAUGUUUCUUAAAAACCCUUAUUAGUUUUGAAAGACCUUUCCAACGAUACCCCACACUCUAGGGUUGAAGCGAAAAAAAAAAUUCACCCCCACUUUACGUGUAGGGGAGGUACCCUAAAAAAAAAUUAAUUUUUAGAUUUUAUUGUACGACUUUGUCGGCUUUAUUGAUUUAUAUAUCCAUGCCAAAUUUCAGCUUUCUAGCACUAACGACCACGGAGCAAAGCCUCGGACAGACAGACAGACAGACAGACAGACGGACAUGGCGAAACUAUAAGGGUUCCGUUUUAUGCCAUUUGGCUACGGAACCCUAAAAAUUGAUUAAUAUGAAAGUUUCCUCGCAAGUGUGUUGAAAACCGUCGUAUGAAACGCGUGUGCUAUGGUCAUUACACACAUCAACAACAAUACAAUAUCCCCUCGUGUGUAAUAACCAACUUACAGUUGUGUGCAAUAUAAUAACAGUAUAUAAGAAAAUUUUAAUUAAGGGAAAACUAUAACUUUAAAUCAAAAAUAUUCUAUCUUUUUAUAUAAUUAUUCUGCAUUACUUGAUAUUGUUUCAAAAUUAACUGUAACCUUUACUUAAAUGAUAUUGGAAGUAAAAAAAAAUAUCAUGAAAAUCGGCUGUUUUCACUAAGUUGCGGAAAUUCCUAUAAAAACGUAAAACCCUACAAAAAUAUAUAAUUGUAAUUUAGAAUCUUUCCUAUUAUUUCCAAUCAAAGAUUUACAUCUAAACCCAAGUCAUCCAGAAAAAAAUAAACUUUUCUAUAAGACGAUCUUCGUCGCAGAGGGUACUGCUAUUAUAUUGCACACAAUUGUAGCACACUUGUAUAACAAUGUACUAUUAGUUGUCCAGGUUUUACGGGUUAAAUGUGUUACUAUGGAGAGGUCCGAAAUUAUAUGAAAUAAAUACAUAAAAAUGCCAUUAACAAUUUUUUCUCCAAUAUGCUUGGAAAUGUUCACCUUAUUGUAGCAAAAAUAGUACGGGAAGUUCUUCGUUAUGGUCAAACUCAAAUUAAAAAAAAUCAAACCAUUAUUGUCGUGUUAUAGCGGACGAGAAAGUUAUUACUGUAUUGUUUUUGACUUUUUAAAAACAUGUAUGCACUAAGACAAACGCAAACAGCCAAUUAAUAUAGCCGCAGGCUGCGUCUACAUGACAGCGUCAUUUCAAGCUAUAGGAUAGAGUCGUGUCGUGUAAAAUCGUGCGAAUAUUGCUUAAUAAAAUCAAAGACUAUAUGUAUAACGUUUAUAUUUUUUUUAAAUAUCUCAUGCGUGCAAAUACAGCUUAUAUCGCUCUGAGCGAAUAUUGAAUGGUAGUCAAUGAUUGAAUUGAAUUGAUUGCAAGAAUAGUUGUGCCUUUAACUUUUUUUUUAAAUAAUUGAAGAGGGAAAUUGUUUUUGAUGUGAAGGUUCGAUUUGAGUGCUGGUUCAUGUUUAAAUUAUGAUUAUUUUACCUGAUUUCCUCGCAUGUUUGGAGAAAAACACUAUAUAUGCCUCGGCAGGAACAGCAAUUCGUGGAUUCGUCUUCUUUGUCGAAACUCAUCCACGAAUUGUCCUUUCCCGGCCUCUGCAAUAAUAUACUAUUAUAUAAGUUAAAACAAAAACACUUCAAGUUUGUAUUGUAUGUCUUCUUAAUAUAGUUCGUGUCGUCUACGAUGACGCGCAGAUUUGUCAAACCUUAACCUUUAAAAACAUGAAAAUACAACUCAAGGCACACGUCGUGAAUGACCCGAUCUAUAACUUGAUUGCAGGAAUAGAGGGUUCUUUGCUACACUUUACAUUUACAAUGAUUCUAACUAUACAACUCCCGUGGGACUCGGAACAUAUUACAAUAAAGUUAUUUUAAUUUUAAUAUUUACAAAGAUUUUAAGUAACCUUUACAUGCUGUUUUUAGGGUUCCGUAGCCAAAUGGCAAAAAACGGAACCCUUAUAGAUUCGUCAUGUCCGUCUGUCUGUCCGAUUCUGUCACAGCCACUUUUUUCCGAAACUAUAAAAGCUAUACUGUUCAAACUUGGUAAGUAGAUGUAUUCUAUGAACCGCAUUAUGAUGUUUACACAAAAAUAGAAAAAAAACAAUAAAUUUUGGGGGUUCCCCAUACUUAGAACUGAAACUCAAAAAAUCUUUUUUCAUCAAACCCAUACGUGUGGGGUAUCUAUGGAUAGGUCUUUAAAAAUGAUAUUGAGGUUUCUAAUAUCAUUUUUUUCUAAACUGAACAGUUUGCGCAAGAGACACUUCCGAAGUGGUAAAAAGUGUGCCCCCCCCCCCCCCCCCCCAACUUCUAAAAUAACAGAAUGAAAAAUCAAAAAAAAAUAUAUGAUAUACAUUGCCAUGCAAACUUCCACCGAAAAUUGGUUCGAACGAGAUCUAGUAAGUAGUUUUUUAUUAACGCAUUCACUGCCACCGACGCAUAUAUGCGUUCACCGUCAUACAAGUUUGUUCCUAGGCCACGCCCCCUGGCAGUGAAUGCGUUAAUACGUCAUAAAAAUUCAAAAAAAAAUUUUUUUUCAUCAAACCCAUACGUGUGGUAUCUAAGGAUAGGUCUUCAAAAAUGAUAUUUAGGUUUCUAAUAUCAUUUUUUUCUAAACUGAAUAGUUUGCGCGAGAGACACUUCCAAAGUGAAAAAAAGUGUGUCCCCCCCCCCCUGUAACUUCUAAAAUAACGGAAUGAAAAAUCUAAAAAAAAUAUAUGAUAUACAUUACCAUGCAAACUUCCAACGAAAAUUGGUUUGAACCAGAUCUAGUAAGUAGUUUUUUUAAUACGUCAUAAAUGGUACGGAACCCUUCAUGGGCGACUCCGACUCGCACUUGGCCGCUUUUUUAACUCUGAAUCAAAGCCAUUGCUCAAUAGAAAAAGUGUAACUCGUGCAGUUCGAAAGCCUACCUUACGAGAAUAUAAUUAAGCCAAACGGUUAGGAAUUAAUUAGUCCGCAGCAAGCUGGGUUCUCCAUACAAACGUAGUUACGCUCUCAUUUUAAAACGACUAGCACGAUUGCUCUGAAACUUUGUACUUACAAUAGGAUAAGGUAUAUCUGUGCCUGUAAUUAGUUAAUGUAGCCUCAGAUACAUAGGUAAAAAUACAGCGAAUUUAAGUUUUUCAUACAAAACUUGUUUUUGCUCUAUUUCGUUUGUUUUAUAAGCUGGAACUAUAUAACUAAUUAUAGGUAUAUACUUUAUAUACCUCAUGUUAUUGUACGCGCAAAGUUUUAUUACAAUUCAAUACGUAGUUUUAAAAUGAAAACGAAACUCUGUAUGUAUGGGAAGGUGUAAUGCGGCCUCCAAACAUUUUGCAACGAGGGGAGUAAGUGAAAUUUUGCAAAGUAGGUAGUCAAGGCGCAAGUUUGCAAUAUAAUAAUAUUGCAAACUCCCGGAGUUACAUCUCAAUUGCGAAGAAAAAACUAAUUUUAAGUGAAAUAAUUCUUAAAUACGGUGCAAUUUCAAACAUUAAUCACACAUGUUGUCACUUUUUGAUAGGUUAGGCAUCGAAGUCAGAGACCCACCCGGCAUUCAGCCACGAUUGAAAAUUGUUUAAAAAUAUUUUAAACAGCUUAAAAUUCAUCAAAUUAAAUAUUUUUCAACAAACAAAAAUAUUGAAUAUCAGUAUUUUCAAAGUAACACUCAUUUAUACCUACAUGGUUCAAAUGAAUUAGUGACAUACCUAAUCCACAAUCCAUAACUCCCGGUAACGAAAGGUUUGUCCUUCAGUAGGUACACCUGCAUGAAAUAAGAUCUUUUUCGAGCAAGUGUGAUGAAAAAAUAUGAAUGAUGGAUGUGUUUUAGACAAAUACAAUUUUUUCUUUCACUUUGCAUGUUAUUCCACGCACACGUACACGUACCUUUGAACUUUAGUAGGUAUGUUAUGUGAACAUACCUAUAUCGCGUGUAGUGCACUCGAUCCAAAUUUUAGAAGGAUUUGAGAAAUUAAGACGAGUUACCCAGUUUUUUAUUUAUCUAAGUAGUGAAAUCGUGCUAAGUGAACUCUGAUUUAGACGUACCAGCAUCAGCUGCCUGUCUAAAACUAAAUAAUAUUUAUAAUAAAUUUGUGCUAAUAUAGUCCAGAAAGUAGAUUCCAUUACGAGCCAACACAAUUGCAGCGGCAGCAUAAUUGUUUCCUUUACUGUGUAAUUAAAUUUACUUAUCGGUAUGUAGGGUUUAUAAAUGCCACUGAGUGACUUAACGCCUACAUAGUGUUAAUAUUAGUGAUGUUACUGGCAUCAGAAAUGUGGCUGAUAACAGGCGAUUAAUGUUUUUUGUUCCAUCAACUUUGUUUUAUAGAAUGUGUCUAUUGCCGAUAUAUUAUUAAAACUAAUGAACCGUGUUGGGCCCGAUGUGUUUCGUGCAUAACAUUUGAUGUCAUAGUCAGAUUAACCUCGGUCGACAUGCCAAUCGAUGGCGAGCUUAACGACGACUUAAUGUUAUUCAACAAAAAUAUAACCGCGGCCCAAAAUUUAGCCAUCAACGCGGCAAAGAUAGCCCUAAAUAAUUUUGAAUGGAGAUAUGUGACCAUGGUUUUCCAUAACUCCUCAAUUCUUCUAGGUUUAACUGCAUUCAUGCAAAUUUAUCGGAAAAGUGUGAUCGUCGGAAAAGGAACAUUUCUCCAUGGCAAAGAAUCAUCCGCAGACAGAAUCAGUCAGUUUGUGAUAUUCGGAUCAGACUUGGUUGACAUAAUGUGUACGCUAGACUGGAUGCGGAAAAGGGAAUUCGACAACACCGGAAAAUUCAUUGUCAUUUGCAAUAACUGUGACGAGCGAAAAGCGAUGGACAUAUUCUGGAAUCAUAAGAUCUUAAAUGUGGUUUUUAUCAAUGAUAGCUCUGGAACCAGCAGUAUAAUUGGCUUCACUUAUUCUAUUUAUGAUAACCAGAAAUGUGAAAUAAGUCCACCAGAGCCACUUCUAGACUCUUGCAUUCAUAAUUCUUGUAUGGGAGUAUAUCCUUUGAAACUCAGAAAUUUACACAAAUGCCAGAUUAUUGUGUCUACCUUUGAACAAGUCCCAUUUAUGUCUCUGAAGACGGGAACCCCAAUAGGAGCUGACGGCGACCUUUUACUUCUCAUCGCUGAAGCUUUGAACGCCACCUUAAAAGUGAUGACUCCACAUCGGGGCGCCGGUUGGGGCCAACUGGACAAGGACGGAAAUUGGCUAGGAUCUUUGGCAGAUGUCUAUCACGACCUCGCUAACUUCUCCAUGACAUCAGCAGCCAUAACUCUGACAAGGUUUAAGGCGUUUCAUUUGUCCACAGAUUACCAUUCGAUAAACAUGGCCUGGGUAACUCAUCCCGCUGUACCACUUCCAGGUUGGCAAAAACUUCUCCGUCCAUUUAAAAUGAAAGCCAGGAUAUCUCUAGCUGUUACUUUUGUGCUCAUUAUAUUAGUCGCCGUGUUCGUUAAAAGCAAUUUGUGGGCGAAAUUGAGUAAAAGAAUUAAUACAUCGGCGCGGCCUCAAACAUGUGUCCUGUUUUAUUCUUGGACCAUUUGCAUGGGCAUGCCUGCGACGACUUUACCAUCCAAACCGACAUUUCUGACCAUGUUCCUCUUAUGGAUGUUCUACUGUUUUAUGAUAAGAACGUUUUACCAGACAUCACUUAUUCACGCUAUGAAAGAUAACUUGAAUUAUCCAGAGUUUGAAAAUCUUCAAGACAUUUUAAAUUCUGGUUAUCCAUUCGGUGGUGUGCCGGCACUCAAGGAUUUCUAUAUUGAUGACCCUGAAGUGUAUAACAACUGGAAAUCCAUCAACAGCACCGAGAUCAAUGAUAUGAUGGUUAGUUUGUCGAGGGGUAUGAAGUACGUUCUAGCGAUGAAUAAGGUUACCGCCCAGAGUUUUAUUUUAAAGCAUUAUGGAGAUAUACAUAUUGUGCCUCAGAUGAUUGUGACGAGUCCAACAGUUUUGUAUUUUAAGAAAUUCUCUCCGAUGGUGCAGUCUCUGAAUCUUAUUCUAGAUAGAUUGGUAGAAGGUGGCUUUACUGAGAAGUUAUACAAAAAUCACGCCAGUACACAUGCAAGAAAGAAGACUGAUAGUACGGCGCCAAUGAACUUCGAGCAGUACAUGGGGUGUUAUGUAGUCUUGGCCGCCGGGUGGAUUGUAUCAAUAUUAGUAUUUAUUUGUGAGGUAUAUUGUUAUAAAUUCAGUGUCAGCCUACAAAAUAUUUAGAAGUUGCUUAAGUGAAAAAUAAAUGCUAACCUUAUUUUUAUAGUUUUCAAUGCUAUUAUAUGUACCCCCUCAUUACAUAUGUGUAGCUUAAUAUAUAAGACUUAUAUAAUAUAACCCCUCGUAGGCACAAAUUUAUGAAUACGAACGAGAGUUCGAAUAAUGUAUAUGUUAUGGACCAAGUGAUUAAUGUGGGCAUUAUAUAUAAUGCCCGGGCAUUAUGAAUAGGUAAUGGCAAGCUAUAUCAGGCCAAGUGAUAAAUUAUUAUCUGAACUUCAUUAUUUAUCACAUUAUCUGGUCAUUAUGAAUAUUUCUACGUGGUCGUUGGGCAAUUUGAUAUUAAAGAUACAUUGCGUUGACCAACCAGAGUCCGUGAUAGCAACGUGCGGACGUCAAAUGAUUCACUGUUUACUGUAAAACGCUCAAUGUUUUUAUUUAGUUUUGGACUGAAUUAAAACCGAAUACGGAUGGACGCGGACGAAUCUUAUUUUUGUAAUUCAGUUUCGAAUAAUAGUAAAAACCAACUUCAUUUUUUUUACUUCCCUUUCUGGGGGGUUUGAGGUGGCUAUUUCUGGCCCUUUUUGGCGGCGCUCUAACAAUCGCUUGGAGACUCAGCGUCUCUUAGCAGGAGAGUCCUGGCAAGUAAGUCUUAUAGAUCCCCAGCUUUGUGCGUAUGGGGGAUGGCUGCUGUGGAGCAGUAGACGAAGCAGGGUAUGCGCAGUUAUAGCUCGUCUGACUAACUCCUCCGUGUGUUGUACCGUUGUGCCCCUGUGUGACUCCUAGGUAUUUUGCCAUGUGCUGCCCCUAUAUCUCCUCGCCUAGUAGUUGCUCGCAUGGGUUGCUCUCGUGAGGAGCGGCUGCGUCUUGGUGACGUUCACUUAGAACCUCCGUUUGCUCAGCCACUCGGGUAGGACAUCAAGCUAGCGCUAUUGAAUAAAUAUCAAUACAAAAAUAAAAAUACACCAAUUCAAUAAUAACG